AUGGGCGGUCUCAAUCUGGAAGUCUUCAAGUUCGGCACGUAUGUCAUGUUCCCCAUCGGAAUCAUGUACUACUUCGGCACAAACCUCGACGACCGCUUCGCCAUCCAGGGUUUCUGGCCCAGGCCCGAGGAGUGCAACAAGCUCCCGCGUGAUCGCGACGAGAUCAAGGCCGAGUACGAGCGCAUCGUGGCCCGACAGAAGCUGCGCCUUGCUCGGAAACUGGAGGAGGAGCGACGACUCGCCGAGGCGCAUCCCGAACAGCAGCCACAGCAGAACGAAUCCUAA